AUGUCCACGCUGGGACAAGGUGACUUUGAGUUGGCGGUACGGCAGCAGCCCAAGUACGCCUGCGUGGCCAUUGAGAGGAAACCGAUCGAUCCGCCGCCUAUUGUCCAGCUCAUGGUCAACCCCAGGAAAGACCCAGGGCGGACGUUCCUUCAGAACCCAUACUUGAUCCUUACCGCUAGGCUCAUCCGCAAGGGAGACGAGGACCAAGACGAACAAACAGGGCCGAAAGAGAGCGACUUGACGGGCACAUUGGUCUCGUCUCUCUACAGCCUCAAGGACACAGACAACAGCCAGGGCGGGUUCUUCGUGUUUGGCGACCUGUCCGUCAGGAGAGUGGGCACAUACCGACUCGCCUUUAUCCUUUACGAACUCAGGCUGGCCGAGAAGGAGUGCUGGCUCCUAUCCCGCACCGUCUCCGACCCAUUUGUCGUCUACGCAACAAAGACCUUCCCCGGCCUCGCCGAGUCCACAUUCCUCACCCGCUCAUUCAGCGACCAAGGCGUGCGUCUCCGCCUCCGCAAGGACUCACGCACCGUCUCCACCAAGAAACGCACCAUCAGCCAAGCCGACCAGAUCCGCGCCUCCCAGGGGAUACACGGCUACCUCCCCCACGACGCAAACCACGACCUCAGCCCCAACGGGCACUCCCCGCACCACCUCCGCCGUCUAAGCUCCCUCCACGACCAAGCCCAACUCGACCGCUCCCGCAGCUACUACUCAGAAUCCCCCCAGAUGCGCCCCGGCGAAUACACCUCUAGCUCCUACGGCUACGCCCCGUACGACGACCAAAAGCCGCACAAACGCGCCCGCAUGGACGGCGCCUCACCAGACAGCCCACAUCCCUCAUCGGCUGGCGGCGGCGGCGGUGGCUACGAGACUGACACCACCGCUUACCACUCGUACGCGCACCACGCGCACCAUUCCGGCCCACGCACAGUACCCGACGCCCUCGGGUCUAUCUACCCCCUCACAACCAGCGGCUACGCCGUGGCGCCACAACCCGCGCUAACUGGCCUCCCGAUGCCGUCGCCCUACGCCUCGAUGCCGCGCCUCGACACGACCCAUCUCCCGCCACACUCGCCGGCCGGCGCGCCAGGUUCGGCCUCGUCGGCCUUCUCACCAGGCACCAUCGGCAGCAGCAGCCGGCGCAGCCCGCCCGGCACCGCAGGCGGGUACCCCUCGUACGCGGGCCACGCCCACGCUGGCCAGGCCAUGUUCACGUCGCAACCCACCAGCCUGCCCUACCACCCCGCCGUGGCGCACGGUCACCCCGGGGCGGGCGGCCUCGGGAUUGCCGUCGGGUUGGACUUGGACGAGCGGCAUUGA